GCGCCUGCAUCGCCCUACAAUGGAACCUCCGUGGGCUUAGGGUAAACAUCAACGAUCUCAAACUUCUCAUCGCCGACCGCAAAUGCGGCCGUAAAAAGCACCGUCGUAAAAAGAACGGUCGGAAGUAGAGGUUACCGAGGGACCGAAUGCAGUACUAGAAGUGGUACCCAAUAUGAGCCCGAGUGGGAUGGAUCUGGUAUUAUUCAAUGAAGACAAGAUCUUCACGAAUUUAGGAUUCUAUUGAAACUUUCUAUGGCGCAUUGGAAAGACAAUGCGUUUACCUUACUUUGUAGGUGUUUUGACAAAAACAUUCUAUGAAUCUUGCAUACUAAAUUGAAAAAGUGAUAUUGAAAAAAAUCUAAAAACGAGUUGAUUCUCUCAGCAUUAGAUUGACCAAAAUUUUAAAUUAGUGUAAUCCUGAAUAGUGGGAACCUAUCUAAUCAGAAUAAAAAAAUCUCGUGACAUUACUAUUAUAUGUGCAUGAAUGAGAAUCAUUAGAUUUUUGUUACCUUUGAUAAAAUGCAAAAUUAUGUUUUGAACAAUUACGCUCUUUUAUCACGUUUGUUAUUGUUUAAGAUCUCGGCUCACAGUGACAGUUCGUGACUGCAGAAUCUUGGCUCACAUCAAUGCACAGAAAAUUCGUAUCGGCUUGGAACUGACUAGCGUUUCAAGCGAUUCACGAUAGUUCAGCGCUUUUGAUCUCGAGUCUUUAUCCAUCUAAAUGUUUCACACAUGUUUGUUAUAAACAAUGCAUCUAGGCAAGCCAUGCUGGUGAAAAAGAAAACCCAUACUUUUGUAUCUCACGUCAUCGGGUGUCACACUUCCUAGAUUUUAUACUUUGCUUUAGUUUCAAUUAAAACCCAAAAAAAUAUACCUAGUUUAAAUUUUAUUUUGAUAAACCUUUAUAAACCAUUCCGGAAAUGAAACCCGAGAGCAUACUUCCGCUUAACCCUUCAAGCUGCAACCUGAACGGCGCCGGGGCCAACAAUCGUCGCAUGAAAAACUUCCACCGUCGCUAUUUGACGCUUUGCCGGGCGAAAAAUUUCCAACCCCUGACCGAACUGGUUGGCAUUGGGGGAGGCGGAUCUGGCGUGCGGAAGGCUAAGGUGAACCAUUCCUGGCAAACGGUCGAUUUCUACGGCGACCGCUUCAAGGAAACCGACUGGCAACUGAUCAUCGAUGCACUGGGCGAGGAUUCCUCCCUGGAGGGAUUGGCCAUUCGUCUCCGAAAGGCGCUGAAUGAUGUUAUCGAAAACGGAUGUCAAAGAAUGGACGGGGUGGCAGAUCGACCCGUCAUUCUGGUCAAACGACUCUUCACUCGGCUCAUGGAUGCCUUGGAAAGUUUUCUGGCCAGCAAUCAGAUCGUCAAAGUGUUGGCACUGGAGGCCUUGCCCAUUCAAGGUUUUCAUAUGGCAACGUUUGUUAAGGGUCUGCAGCAGAACAGUUCCCUGGUUGAGCUGAGUUUAGCACGGAGCUGCAUUCGAGACGAUGGCUGUGAAGCCAUUUGCAACGUGGUUAUGCAUUUACCCAAUCUGGAAUCGUUGAACAUGUCCGCCUGCCAACUGACUGCCAGAGGAUGUCGUGCGAUAGCCGACCUGGUCAAAUAUCAGAAGAUCAAACGAUUCGCUCAAAGCUGGCAAUACUCGCUUCGAUAUGGUAAUGUCGAUACGGAGAAAAUGCAAGGGCUGAGGAUUCUAUCGCUGAGCUCAAAUCCAUGUGUUGGCGAUGAAGGACUAAAUGAGUUGACAGAGGUUCUCAAGGACGAUGAAUGGAUACGGCAAGUGCUGUUCCGGAACUGUGGCUUGACAGAUACUGGGGCCAAAUUGCUAGUGGAUUGUCUUAACGUUAACAAAGCCAUCAAGAAGUUUGAUAUACGAAGCAAUUCGGGUAUCUCGAAUGAAACUCUGCACGAAAUACUCAUAAAACUGGGAGAAGAAGUUGAAUCAUCCGACGGUAGCCAAUCGGCGCCAGAAACAUUCCCGAAUGGACAGAACAAGCUGAAAGCUGCCGAGCAGGUCAAAUGUUUGCAGCAACAGUUGGUCGUAGAACGGCACCGAGGCACGCAGAUGCAAUUGCUCGUCGAACAGUUGCAACAGCAACUGUACUUGCAAAAGGAGGAAUAUGCGGCGCACUUAAAUAAAUUGAAACAAGAAUGUAACGCAAUUAUCAACCAACGUGACGAACUGCUCAACAAAGUGCAACACUUAGAGAAAGUGCGACCGAAGAGCAGGACCACAAAAUUGCGCAAGAGCAAGAGCGUUGCGCUGCCUUCGGAUUUGUUCAGACGGCCCUCGGGAGAUCGUGCCCAUCCUAGCACAAAAUCCGAAAUGACCCUUCGCUGGUUGCACGGUGAUCGUCGCGUAGCACUAAAUAAUGGAGCUGUUACCAAGAGGCCUCAAGUAAUGGAACGUGCAAUUGGUGACAGUGGUUACAACACUCAAAUGAAUGAGAUUGAGAUGACCAAAGCGUAUAUUGGACACGAAGAAGAAGGCUUUGGUGACAUCCAAGUCGGAUGCUCAAAAGUAAUUCUAAGAAAGGCAGAACUCGAUAAGAAUCAUGGGAAACAUUCUCAUUUGAAUGAUAUUGCUGAAUUUAGUGAAGACGAAUAUUUUGCCCAUGUUAGCGAUGCCGCUGAUCAACAAUCGAGUGACGGCUUGGGCAGCAAAAACUCGGCCUCAAACAACGUGCAGCAAGACGACGAUGACGAUGAUAUUGGAAGUUCUUUAUCCGGAGCCGACAUCCUGAAAAUGAUUGUCAAACAAAAGUCCUCUGAACGUGUGCACGACACUCAGUCUCUUUUUAUGAGUGUUUUCAGCGGGGAUGAGAACUAAUGCUGCGUUUGUAGCGAUUUCGAAUAUAGUUUUAUUUGUAAGAAUGUAUAGCUUUUGAUAAUACUCGUAAAAUAAAUUUCAAUGUGUACCUAGCUUAGUUAUACACUCA